UUAAGUUUUGAUGUUUUAUUUUCUUUUGCAAAAUUAAAGAAAUGCGGAACAAAAUUAUAAUAGUUAGUGAAAAAUGUGCAAACAAUAAUUAAAAUGUGUCUCAAUAGCAUAUUAAACAAAUUGUGUGCAGAAUUGAAAAAAGUUGCGUAAAAACAUGUGGAAAUUUAGACAAAAUAAAAUGCUGGUCUCAAAAUCAAUGUCCGUCAGUUCACUACACAUGCAAGCUCAACAGCACUGAUGAGAGAGAGAGAGCAGCAACACAUAUGGAAGCAAUAAUUUGACAUACAAUUCUCCUGAAUACGACAAAAACAUAAGAAGAAAAAAGUAAAACAGGCACACAACACGACCACCGUUCCUCAUCGUCAUCCAUAUCGUUGUCCGUCCGAGCAGCACCAACAGCAGCCACCACUUGAUACUAAACAAAGAAAAUUUCGAAUAAAAUUGCAAAAAAGAGAGCUUGGAAAGAAAUCAGCUUUCGAAAUCAAAUGUUGUUAAUCUUUAAUGAUAAUUAUAAGCAGAGGAUAAUACAUAAAAUACUAAGAACAAAAGAAGAACAGCAACAACUACACAUUUGAAUUAUUAAAACCGUUCCGCCGCCAGCCCAGCUUCUCAAAGGAUUUACGCCGCUCUAAAAUAAAGGAAGAAAACUACAAACACCUAAUUAACAAACAACAAAAAGUUGUUAUAAAAAUAGAAAAAUAUUUGGACACCAAGUGGAAACAAACGAAGAAACUUCAACAGAGAGGGAAACUCUGGUCACUUUACUUUAUUGCAAGAACGCUCUAGCAGCGGUAUCCUAAAAAUAGUCCUUUUCACACAAAUCAUUGCCUCCCCGCCCUCCCAUCACAUAUAAAUAUCUACCCCGCACACACACACAAACACAGACAACACAAUGGAGUUACGUGUUGGCAAUAAAUAUCGUCUUGGACGUAAAAUUGGCUCCGGUUCCUUUGGUGAUAUCUAUUUGGGCACAACAAUCAACACAGGCGAAGAAGUUGCCAUCAAAUUAGAAUGUAUACGCACUAAACAUCCCCAGCUACACAUUGAAUCGAAAUUCUAUAAAAUAAUGCGCGGCGGCAUUGGUAUACCGCGCAUCAUAUGGUGUGGCAGUGAGGGUGAUUACAAUGUUAUGGUCAUGGAACUUCUCGGACCCUCACUCGAAGAUCUAUUCAAUUUCUGCAAUCGUCGUUUUACACUGAAGACCGUUUUGCUGCUGGCCGAUCAAAUGAUAUCGCGUAUCGAUUUUAUACAUUCACGUGAUUUUAUACAUCGAGACAUAAAACCAGACAACUUCCUAAUGGGCUUGGGAAAGAAGGGAAAUUUGGUGUAUAUAAUUGAUUUUGGUUUGGCGAAAAAGUUCCGAGAUUCCAGAUCGAUGAAACAUAUACCGUACCGGGAAAACAAAAAUCUAACGGGCACAGCACGCUAUGCCUCCAUCAACACACAUUUAGGUAUCGAACAGUCAAGGCGUGACGAUUUAGAGUCGCUGGGCUAUGUAUUGAUGUAUUUCAAUUUGGGCGCCUUGCCUUGGCAGGGACUGAAGGCCGCCAACAAACGACAGAAAUACGAGCGUAUUUCCGAAAAGAAACUAUCAACCACCAUCGUGUCCCUGUGUAAAGGCUUCCCUAGUGAGUUUAUUAACUAUUUGAACUACUGCCGGCAAUUGCAUUUCGAACAGCGUCCCGACUACUGUUAUCUACGCAAAAUGUUCCGAAAUCUGUUUCAUCGCUUGGGCUUCACAUAUGAUUAUGUGUUCGAUUGGAACCUAUUGAAAUUCGGUGGCCCAAGAAAUCCACAAGCAUUACAACAAGCCCAAGAUGGCAAUGGCCAACAGACGGCCCAAGAGGGCAACGGUCCACAGACACAGCAGCAACAACAAACGGUCGCCCAACAACAACACCAGCACAAUCAAAAUCAAAUUCCCAGUGCUGUGGCCACAGUUGGCGGUAGUGCAACCCAACAGCUGUUGAGCACUGGCGGUGCUGGCGGUCAAACAUUGGUGAGCAGUAGCGGCGGUGGCAUAAUGGGUGCAGGCUCCCAAAUGCUGGUAGGUGGCGGUGGAAACGGUGGUCUCACAAUGGACGAUUCAAUGGCAGCCACAAAUUCAUCGCGCCCUCCCUACGAUACACCUGAACGUCGCCCCUCGAUUCGCAUGCGCCCUGGCGGUGUUGUACAACCGGGCGGCGUUGUAGCCGAUAUACGAAAUGCAAAAUAAUAUCUUAUCUUUUAGAUUUCUAUCAAAAUCUAUCUAUAAUAUUUUAAUAUUAUAUGUCGUUUAUCUAUCCCUCUAUACUUGCGCGUCUCUAAAUUUAGACACAUCGUCGUGGUGGCGGCGGCAACGGUUGCGGUGGCCGCCACUUAUAGAAUACAGUCACACGCAAAACAACGAGCGAGCAAGAGCAGCGUGUGUGUGCGUUUGCCUGCCUUCGGCGUCUGUUGUCUGUUGUGAGCAAAAGUGUGUAUGUCAUGGCUCCUACUUUUGUCCCUUGCCCCCCACUUCAGCCCUUUGUACUACUCCCUCUGCCCCGCCACAAAAUGAAACACACUCACACACACUAAACAAACAUACAACCACACAUUUAGCUUGUAGUAAACUUGUAUAUUUUUAGAUGUUUUUAUUAAUUUCAUUAUUAAAAAAGAAAGAAAACAAAACGCAAUUAUAAGUUUUCCCCUUUUUUUCUUAGAAUUUAAAAAAGAGAAGGAAAAAAUGAGAGAAAAACAAAUCAUUUCAUAAUAUUAUUCAUAAUAUAUAACAAUAACGUUCAUACAACUAAAUGAAGAAGAAUUAGUUUUGUGUUAAAUUAUUAAUGAAAAUGCAAUUAGUUAUUAUAUUUUGUUUAAACAAAAAGAAAAAAGAGAAAGCUAAAAUAUGUAAAUGUAAAAAGUAAUGGCCACACAUUUAUGCGGGGAAAUUUGUGUUUUUCAAACUUGCCACGAUUCUGCCAUUGACGCCAAUUCCCAAUACACGGGUUGAUUAUUAUUUUUUGAAGUAAAGAUUUAAUGUAAAAGAACCUGAGCAGAGCAAGUUUUGAAAAUCCAAACCCCCAGCAGCUAUAAUAUACGACUCUAUAUUUAGUUCGUAUUUUUUUAGUUUUUCAUUUUUUUCUUUUUUCAAACAUAUUUCUCUCCCUAUUUUUAAACAAAACAAAAAACUAAAUUAUAUGUAAUUAAAUGCUUUAAUUUGAAAUGAACAGAAAUAAAUCUUAAAUUAUAAUAAAUAAAACAAAAUAAUAUAUACAACUCUUUUAUAUGAUUAUUGUAAUUUUAUACAAAUAAAUGAAGUUUAUCCUAAAAAACAAACAAAACCGAAAAACAAACUAAA